UACCAAAAAUAAAAAAAAUAAAAAUAUAGAACAAGUGCAACAAAACUCGUGUCGCAAAAUGGAGAAGAACAAUAACAAUUUACGGGCGGAUAUUACACCGUCAGGCAACGGACAGGCCCUGUCGAAUGGCAAUGGUGCAGCAGUAGGCGUGGCCGCUCAGCCGCUCAGCUGGAAGCAAACAAUAUGGAAUACCUGGGAUGCGUUCGCAGAUGUCUUGUGGUUCAUCAUCUGCAGCAUAGGCUAUAUACUCCAGGACCUUUAUUACAUCGCCUUCGGCUAUCCCGAAAAGGAACUCAAAGCGGACAUUGCGUUAGUCACAGGUGGCGGCAAUGGACUCGGCCGUCAGCUCGCCGAGCGACUGGGCAAACUGGGCACCAAAAUUAUCAUCUGGGACAUUAAUCAAAAGGGCAUUGCGGAGACCAUUCAGAUCGUAGAAGCGGCGGGCGGCUAUUGCAAGGGCUAUGUGGUGGACAUAUCAAAGAAGGAGGAGGUCUACAAAGCGGCCGAUGUCAUCAGAGCUGAAGUUGGUGAUGUAAGUAUCCAGAGGGGGGCGAACGGGGCUAGGGAAAUGUGCACUUGUGGAAU